AUGAAUUAUUUACUAAAAUAAAUUAAUGAAAUCAAAUUUGAUAAAAAAGUUAGAUCAAAUUAUUAACUAUAAAAGUAUAAAAAGAAAUAAAUUUAUAUAAAAAAACAAAAAAACAAAAAAAAUAAAAAGAGUAAUUCUUUUAUACAAAUUGUAGUGAGCUAAAAUUAUGAGUAAUGGAAGCUUGACUAAAUGAAAUAGAAGGAUUUUUCAAAAAAAAGAAAUAAAAAUGUAGAUUCAGAAGGAUAUUUUGGGAAGACUGAAUUAAAUAAUGGAAUUGAUUAUAAAAAAAAUAACAAUCCUUAUUUAGAUGAUUGUGUUGAUAAUUAAAAUAAAUAAAGGAAAUCAGAUAAUGAUAUGAAUUGGCAUAAUGCAAAGAAAGAUAGAGAACCUAAUGGUGAAUUAUAAGUAGUCUUAAAUGGUAAUGUUGUAACUAUUUUGAAACAACAAAUUAAGACAAACUAAAAAAGAUAAAAUAGAAAAUAUAGUGAUUAAGAGACUUAUGCAAUGAGUAAUAAUAUUUCUGGUCCAAAAUUUAGUGAUAUUCCUUGUCCACAAUUUCUAAAUAUCUGAGUAUAUUGAG